AGUAUUUAAGACCGAAUGUUAAUAAAUUAUAUCAACAUGUAAAAUACCAUCACAUCAUUCUUCUCACCAUUUACCCAAAAGUUUUGAAGAUGGCAACAAUAGUCCAUGACUCUUCGGAAGCGCUUCCUCUCUGUGGAGAGUACAACCUUUACCUUAAACCCAUCGCCAAAAUGACCAUCAGCGUGGCGCUUCCUCAGCUCAAGAUGCCUGGCAAGUCUAUAUCCAACUGGGAGGUGAUGGAACGCCUAAAAAGCAUGGUCCACCCUGAGCAGUUCUCCUCCCUCCGCAUCUUUAAAAGCACCAUGGAUUACAUUCGCUUCGAGGGUGAGGCAGAGAACAAGAGUGCAGUCAAGCGCUUGUUAUCCAACCUGGAUGGCAAGUGCAUCAAACUGAGUGGCUUUACCGACGUCCUCAAGGUGCGAGCUGCAGAAACCAAGACUGACUUUCCAACACGUCACGACUGGGACUCGUUUUUUAGGGACGCUAAGGACAUGAAUGAGACUGUGCCAGGUGAGAGGCCUGACACCAUUCAUUUGGAAGGACUUCCAUGUAAAUGGUUUGCCCAGAAAGAGAGUUCCUCAGACAAACCUUCAGAGGAAGUCGUGAAAGCUGUGUUUGAAAGGUUCGGAAAGAUCCGGAAUGUGGAUAUUCCCAUGUUGGAUCCAUAUCGGGAGGAAAUGACUGGAAAGAACUUCAACACAUUCUCAUUUGGAGGACAUUUGAACUUUGAGGGUUAUGUUCAGUAUGAAGAUCAUACAGGGUUUGUAAAGGCGAUGGGUUUGCUUAAGGGAAUGAAGCUGAUGUAUAAAGGUGAAGAAGGAAAAGCCAUAGCCUGUGGAAUUAAGAUAACGUUUGACACGACCAAACACCUGAGCGAAUCCUCCAUAAAAAAGAGAAACCAGGAGCGUCUGAAGCUGCAGGAGCUGGAGCGACAAAGAGAGGAGCAGAAACGAAAGGAAAAAGAGGAUGAGGAGAGGCGUAAAGAUGAAGAACGAAGGCAGCGUGAGCUAGAAGAGGAGGAGAAGGAAAAGAAAAAGGAGGAAAAGCUGAGAAGACGGGAGCAGAAACUAAAGGAACGUGAGGACAAGAAGAACCAGAAAAAAGUGAAAAAGCAGCAGGAGGAAGAGCAGAAGAAACUCCAUCUGAAAAUUGCCAUGGAGGAGAGGAAGCUGCUGCUGGCUCAGAGGAACCUUGAGUCCAUCCGACUCACCGCUGAGCUGCUGAGCAGAGCUAAGUCUCUGAAACAGAAGCAGCUAGAGCAAGAGAGGGCAGAGCAUGAUCGCUUACAGAAGGAAGCAGCGAUUCGUCAUCAGCAGGAAGCGGAGCUUCGUCGUCAGCAAGAGGCAGAGCUUCAACGGGUGGAGGGCGAAAAAGCUCGAGCUUUAGAGCUGCAGAGGAAAGAACGAGAGCUGAGGGACAGACUGCUGGAGAACCUUCUGAAAAAAAGCGUCACCCAGGGUGCAGAGAGUACUGUUGAGGCUCAGGAAGGGGUGGAGCCUAAAACUGAAGUUGCAAAAGAUGUGGUUCCUAAUGGAGUCAGCACCGCUGUCCUCAGGGGUCUACAGGACAGUGAGUCGAGGAACGAGGCUAAGAAAAGUAGUUCAAGAGAACAGAAUCGAGGUCCUAAGCGGAGUCACAGUCGGAGCAGAAACAGACGCUAUCAGUCUAAUCGAAGUCUGAGUGGAAGUGGGAGUGGUCAGAGGCGGAGCAGGGACAGGCGAUACAGUCAUGGACGGAGCAUGAACACUUACAGGAGGAGCCGGACUCGUAGUCGAAGUCGCAGGGCAUCAAGUCGAGAGAGGCGCAGCCAUAGUGAUAGGAGACAUGGGAGGAGCAACAGGUACAGCCAUGGGCAAAGCAGCAGCAACAGUAGCAGCAGUAGUGAGCGUAGCUCGAGUCGCUUUUCUAGCCGAGGGCGGAGCCGGCAAUCCAGGAGACACUAAACUGGAGACACUGUUAUUCGUUUAUCAGUCACAGACAGAACUGUGCUAACAUGUGCUAAUUAAUAAUCAGUUCCUUCUAGUGUUUGUUUAACAGAGUUGCAGCAGGUAUUGUUGAUGCGCAGCUCCAGCAACCCUGGUUUGGUUCCCAAAAACAGGCUUAGUGGUGAAUUGGCAACUCAAAAUUACCAGUACGCACCAGAUAGUUAUAGCUGAUAUUGGUGCUUUGCUUGGUUAAUUGACUUCAGAAAUGAUCACUGGAAUAGUGAAAUUGAUACGUACCAAACUGAUGCUGAUACGUAUUGUUGAUUGGCAUUAAGCAGUAGAUGUUUUCAUGAAUCAGAUUUACCUUGCACUGUAUUACGAUCAGUGCAUCCAGGAUAACAUAUCUGGAGUUAUUCCAGUUAAAACAUUGUUACAUUAUUAUUGCUGUCAAGAAGACUACAGGCUUUGGUGGGUUGAAAGUUGAGUAGGUUUAGCUCUGGAGUUUUUAGUGGGUAGAAGGUGAGAUGGCUUAGCUCUGGAGCUUCGGUAGGUGUUAGGUGAGAAGGCUGAGCUGUAGAGCUUUAGGGGAUGAAGGCUGAGCCUUGGAGGUUCAGUGUUAGGUGUGAGCUCUGGAUCUUAAGAGAAAUUAUUGACUGAUUAAGGAACCUUAGAAACCCUGAGAGGGGCAUUGUUAAAAAAGUUUUGGUUUGUGUAUUUUACAAUUUUUGCUUUAAACAUCAGAUUAAACUGUACAAAGUUCAGAUUUUGUGCACGUGGGAUUUAAUGCUCAAAACAAAUGGCAUAUAAUCUAUUUAUCAUUUCUCAAAAGCUGCAACGUUUGGAGAUUUGAAGAACUUCUUGGAAGAAAUGUGUUCUUGCAAACAUCCAGCAGAAGAACAUUUUAAUGGUUUUAUAUUAAUAUAAAGUGUCAUAUCCACACCAGCCGUCUCUGCUAGGCUCCCAAUUUUAAUAGAAAAGAUUUUGGAUUUGUUAGAAGCUAGUCGUGUGAGUUGUCAUGUGAAUGUUAUGAUGUGUGAAAUCCUAACAGUCUCCACUCAGCUCUUUAUUUAAUAUCAGAUGCUGUUGGAAAAUAGAAAGAUCAGUUUUGUUUACUUUUUUGGGGAUGUUAGUUGGUAAAUAAUCAUCUUAUACACAAUAUACCGUAUAGUUUUUGCAUUAAUUAAAUCUGUAUGAAACAUUUUUGGCCUGUUUUCAAAGAAGCAAAGCCAAGAUCAUUUGUUUUUGUUUCAAUUCAUCAGUAUAAUACACCUAUAUUUGGGGAAAAAAAUGAAUAAAAGAGCUGUUGGCUGCUUGGAUGUUAGAAUAACAUUUGCCUGGCUGCCUGUUGAGCUUAAAUCAGAUCUAAUCAGACCUGAUAUUGAGUGGUAAACUUUAACUUCUUUAUAACUGACGUGUCUGUUUUGAUAUUUAGUUUUAAUUAAAGUAGUGCUGAAAUUAAUUUUAAGGAAUUUGGUUUCACUAUGACUGAUGCUGACUGAUUUAAAAAUAUUUUGUUGUUUUGCAGAUAAAGUUUUUAUGUUAAUUUGGUUUUACUAGCAAUACUAGUUCCUCUAAAAUUGAUGAUUUUGUGUUUGUGUUUUUAUUUAUUAAUAAAACAAGUAUUAUUACAUAUUCUU